AUGGCCGCUAGCUCUUGUCUCCCGAGCCAAGGCACUUUAUCUGUCUUUCCAUUCCUCGUGCAUGACGAAUUCGAGAGCGCUUGUCGCGCUUUUCUGGAUCGUGUUCGCACGGCCGGGGGCUCCAUCGUGCAAUGGUCCUCGAUUCGGCUGCAGAGCACUGGCCCUGUUUUGAAGAUAUCUCAGACUCUUCUUAGCAGUGCCCCCGGUCCGUCUCAACAUGAUGCAUCGGCAGCGCCACUCCAUUCUCCAGGUGUCUACGACCCACAGCUAGAAGCUUGCGAAGAAGACUUGGAAACCCUUGUUCGUGCAGCCAAUACGUACGACAAUCUACAAGUAGAUUAUGAUAUCAUUCUCUCAGACACGUACCAGGUUCCCGUUCUGUAUUUCGUCUUACGGCAGGCGGACAAACUACUGGGAAUGGAUGAAGUCUAUCGUUACCUGGUCCCAAGCCAGUAUAGGGAGAACAUCCAAGGUGUGGGUAUCAUGGGUGGUAUUAGUUUCGGCUAUCAUCCAGUCUCCGGAACCCCAUCAUAUUUCGUGCAUCCGUGCAACACCGCGGAUGCUAUGAAGGAUACUGCUACUGGUCAGGGGAUUGGGCCCGAGGGAUAUCUCAUCAUCUGGCUAGGACUGAUAGGGAACUGCCUUCGCCUCCAAUUGCCAAGCGAACUCUUUGCGACAGAGGGUAAUCCGCAGCUGGAAAGUAUCCGGUAUUGA